ACCACGCCCGAUCUUGUAUAAAACAGUUCACAUCCAGAGAUAAGACAUCAGUUCUGUCCACAGCAGAUCCGAGCUCUCAACAUGGUUUCCUGCAAAGUUCUUUUGGCUCUGAUGGCCGUCGUAGUUGCAGUGAGUGCUACCGAGCUGCGCCGUGAGAAGAAACAGGUCCUCGCCUACUCCGCCGGUUACCCCGUUGCCUCAGCCUACCCCUACGCCGCCGCUGCCUACCCCUACUCUGCCGCUGCCUACCCUUACUCCGCCUACAGCUACUCUGCCGCUGCCUACCCCUACUCUGCCGCCGCUUACCCGUACAGCGCCUACCCUUACUCUGCAUACGGCAGAUAUUACUACUGAGAACAUCGUCAACCUGAUGUCUAUUCUCAAAAACACCCUUAGCAAUCUGGUCAUCAACUGCUCCACACAACUACUCUGAACAUCUCAAUGCAAUAAAUAAAUUUUACAGUUCCUAAAUAUAAAA